GUUUCUCCGCGAACCGGCAUUUCAGUAUCACCCCGCAGAGAAAGCACAUCGGAGUGCUGUUUAUUUAUAUAUUUAUAGAUUCCUUUUAACAAUUAACGUGCCAGAAAUGCUCGGUUUGUGUCUUUACGUCCCCGUGUCCAACGCAGACCCGGUUGAAGUGAAAUACUUUGAGUCCAACGGGCUUCCGUCGGAGCUGAAAUCGCUGUUCGAGCAGCUGAGCGUGUUCCUGCCGUCCCAGGAGUUCUCCGCCUACCAAAGGUGGCGAAAAAAAACCUUCGAAAGGGAAGAAAAAAACUCAGAUGGAGAGCUGGACUUUGAAGAGUUUGUUCAUUAUCUACAAGACUAUGAGAAGGACCUGAAACUUGUUGUGAAAAGCCUGAACAGGAAGAAUGCAGGCCACGUUGAUCCUAAGGAGUUCAUGCAGUCUCUCCAGGACCUCGGUGUGCACAUUUCCCCACAGCAUGCGGAGAAAGCCCUUGAGAGCAUGGAUAAGAAUGGAAUGAUAACGAUCAGCAGUAACGACUGGAGCAACUACCCCCUGGUGGAGAAGACGGAGAACAUUCCUGAGAUCAUCCUCUACUGGAAGCACUCCACGAUAUUCGAUGUGGGUGAGAACCUGAUGGUGCCUGAUGAGUUCACCGUAGAGGAGAAGCAGACCGGGAUGUUAUGGAGGCACCUGGUCGCCGGUGGAGGAGCCGGAGCUGUUUCAAGAACCUGCACCGCUCCACUGGAUCGUCUCAAAGUCAUGAUGCAGGUUUAUGGAACCAGAACCAACAACAUGUGCAUCAUGACCGGGAUGAUGCAGAUGGUCAAAGAGGGCGGCAUGAGGUCGUUGUGGCGAGGAAACGGCGUGAACAUCAUCAAAAUCGCCCCCGAGUCGGCCCUCAAGUUCAUGGCGUAUGAGCAGAUUAAACUAUUAAUUGGCAGCGAAAAGGCGACUCUGAGCAUCGCGGAGCGAUUUGUUGCGGGAUCUCUGGCCGGAGUGAUCGCCCAGAGCACAAUCUACCCCAUGGAGGUCCUGAAAACCCGUCUCGCUCUGAGGACGACCGGUCAGUUCUCCGGUAUCGCCGACUGUGCGAAGCAGAUCUUCAGGAGAGAAGGACUGGGAGCGUUUUAUAAAGGCUACGUCCCAAACAUGUUGGGCAUCAUCCCCUACGCGGGCAUCGACCUGGCGGUGUACGAGACUCUGAAGAACCACUACCUGCUGCAUUACGGCACCAACAGCUCCGACCCGGGCGUGCUCGUCCUGCUGGCCUGCGGCACCGUGUCCAGCACCUGCGGUCAGCUCGCCAGUUAUCCUCUGGCUCUGGUCCGAACCCGCAUGCAAGCACAAGCUGCGAUUGGGGGCAGCCAGCAGGUGACGAUGUCCGGCCUCUUCAGGCAGAUCCUGCAGACCGAGGGCCCGACGGGGCUCUACAGAGGCCUGGCCCCAAACUUCCUCAAAGUCAUCCCCGCCGUCAGCAUCAGCUACGUGGUGUACGAGCACCUGAAGACGCAUCUGGGAGUGAAAUCACGCUGAAACCAAAGCUUCAAAGCUUCAAUGUGACAAGUGACCCUUCACCCCCUUCACACUCUCCCUCCCUCCCGACCCCCCCUCCCUCUCAGGGCUCAUGCUAGGGAAUCCCAGGGACCUAAAGGGGCCCCUCUGGGGGUUCGUGGAGCGAUCUCAUUCUGUGAAUGUCAGCUGACGAAACACGAGAAAGGACGCUGGAAAGGCCAAGGUGGAGGAUAUGAACUCUGUGAGCUCAGGUUGUGACUGCUGCUAUUUAUGUUUUAUAAGUUAUGUUGAGAGCCGAAACAACAGAACAUGAGGGAUGAGAGUGAUUUAAAAAUAGAGGACCAAGUGUUUAUGCUCUUCCUGUCAUUCUCAGAUUUGGUGCCUGAGCAAACGUUUUUGUUUCAUGCUGGUUUGACUUCGUGAGCUUCGUAGAGUCCGUUUUUUUCGAUGCAUCACCAGCAAUCGUGUUGCGCAACUCCACUAAAAACUUAUUCAUACAGAGUACUUUUUUACACGGCAGAUAUAGCAUUAAUACACUCUUUUUGAGAAGUUUAAUUAAAAUCAGUUCUGCCUGUAAGAAGAAGUGAUUGUGUUCCUAAACGAGAGGAUUUUGCACACGUGAGUUUGAUCUCUCUGAACCCCUGACCUGAAUGAAUGAAUGGAUGGGAGGAUUUUCUGUGUAUUUAUUUCCAUCCGUCCUGUAUUUAUUUGUAUUGUUAGAGAGAGAGAGAGAGAGAGAGGAGGUUCAAUACUUGUUUCCCGUCUGAAGAGCCAAAUGUGCGAUUUGAUAAAAAAAAAAUGCAGUUCUUGUAUUCAGGUUGGGGAAACGACCACCAGACAACAGCCUUAAGACGUGGCGAUGAAACACUACAUGAAGUUGUCUGGUGAAUUGUUGAAAACAAGUUUGGAGUUUGUAUUUAAUUAAGUCACUGUUGCUCUGUUUGAAAGACUGAAAAAUAACGUUUUGUUUGUUUGUGCGAACAGCUUCAGAUUCUGUCUGUUAAUGUGUCUAGAUGUUCUUUGCCCAUUUUUUCUAAAGGUAUAAAUGUCUUAAAUGUUCACCUCAGGUUUAAGGGCAAAUGUUUGGUCAAUUCACAGAAUAGCACACAGUUUUCCUUUCACAACAUUUAUACUUUGAAAAAAAAUAUGAGCGACUUGAUGCACUUUAAUUAAUGCUGGAAGGGCCUCCGAAUGAAUGUCAGAUCAAUCCAGGUAUUCAGAUUUAAUUCUUUUGUAAAGAAUGACUUUUAGCCUUGUUUUAAUGGACCAUUUUCAUGCAAAUAAAUG